CAUUACCACGUGGACAUAAUUACAAUUUGCAUGUACUGCCGGGUAAUGUGACAUCGGUACCACAACCUGAGAACUACAAUUUGCAAGUUUUACGGCAUGGCUUGCCUCCGCUAUCGCAGGCAGACACUACUAGUUUUCAACAGUUGCUUGGUUUGCGACCACAAGAACCAUAUUUCUAUCAUAGCACUCAACCGAGCCAGACUUCUCUGGUGUCAUCAUACUCGGGAUGGCCAACGUCUCAAAAUCACCAGCCACCAACUAGCACUCAACCAAGUCAGAGUUCCCAAAUGUUCUCGGACUCGGGAUGGCCAACAUCUAAAAAAUGACCAGCUGCCAAUUAAGGUCUUGGGUAGCCAAUCAAGUCACAUACAAGAUAAACACUUCUAAAUAGCUCUAUAUAAAGUGUGUAUCUCAGGAUUGCUCUACAAAACAGUUACCCUGCAAUGUAAUAAUUUAUCGUACCAUUCCUUUUGAUGUUAGAUGCGCAAUGGUUUUAUGCUCAAAUAAAUUUAUAUACAUGAAUAUGGAUUAGUUGCUGGUUAUUCCUUUUGAUAUGUUAGCUGUGUAAUUGUGCUUUUGUUUUCCAAUUAAAUGUGGUCUUGGGCACUACAUUUACUCAAAAGGCGCUUUCACCAAUUUGUGAUUUCCACUGUACUGUGCUAUUGAAAAGCAGAGAAGCAGAGAAAAAUGGAUAGCUCUCAUACUUCCAAGUUCAGUAUGAUAGCUAGUUACCUACUACUCCAGUACAGAGCUAGAUGACUUAAUGAAUCUUGACGCACCUUUGCCUGUUGAGUCUGCAUCGAGCUCGCACCCUCUAGUACGACUGCGCGCAUCUCGGCCACCGGCUGACCGCGCAGCAGUUCCACCAUGGCACCAUCUCCCAGGGAGCAGGCCGGCCAGAACAUUGGCCUGGCCUUUGGUGCGCCGGAGACGGUCAGCGCUAGCCUCGACGACUCCCAUCUUGCCGCCGGCCAAGGACACGGACGGGUGUGCCGCAGCGCAC